UGGUAAGAGUCAGUUCAUAACGAUCAGAUUCAGAAGCUCUAGUCGCGUGUGUGCGAGAGAGUGAAUAGUGACUGGUUAAGUCAAGAAGCACACGGUCUUGGAGGGUGAUUCUGUGCACGAUUUUCCAAUAAACGGAAACUUUUUAUUAUUCAACAAGAUUUAUUGGUUGCUAUUUUGCAAUUAUUUAUCCGGGAUAUUGGAUUUAUUAGCAGGAUAGUCAUAGCACAGAGCACGUCACUGUGCAUUGUAUAGUGUUAAGACCGUGUGACAAAUAACUGUCACCAAAAAAAAAAUUCCUUAAGAACAUGAAAAUUUUUAUGAAACGAUCAAUUGUUUCAGCUGAUUGAUUAAAUUGGAUAUUUAUUUGAACUGAAUUUUAGUUAAAAAGUUUAUUUGCAGGAGAGUUAAGCAGAAGUUGUUAAAGAAAUCUGUAUUAAAAGGUGUAGUAAUAAUGAGCAGCACAACAAAGAUUUCAUCAACACUACCAGUAUCAUCGUUAACAACAAUGACAGACGGUAGUUCGAUAACAAAUUGGCACAUACCAAGACCUUCACUAGUUGGUAGAAGUGAAAAAGACAGUGAAGAUGGUAGUAACUGGAGAGAAUCAAUCCAACAAGUUAAUACAACUAAUCUAAAAUCAAUAAGUGAUUCAACUUCCUCUCAAGAUUCAACUACAAGUACACACAGUGUAUCAUCAGGUAGCUUGCUUUUAACAGCAGCUAAUUUGGCAAACCUUGCUGUAAUCCAACCACCAUUAAUAAGCUCUCCAAAAUCUAUGGAUACUGUAUCAGUAGCAAGUAGUACUCAUUUCACAGUGGUUAAUGGAUUAGGAAGAAGCACAAUAACGUAUAAAAAAUCCUGGUGUGCAAGGCAUCAACUCACUGUUCUCGUGUGUACUAUGAGUCUACUUUUUAUGAUUGGAUUACUCGCGGGUGUUUUAUACAUGGAAAUGAGAGCUCGUGAUAAAUAUGAUUGAACGAAAAUAGAUUUUAUCACAAAAGACUCACGAUAAAGUCCACGUCGCUGCCACGAAUAUUUAUUAUUAAUUCAAUUCAUUCAUUCGCAUAAUUUACUUAAUAAUUUUAUGAUUGAGUAUUCAUCUACAUAAUUUGUAAUUCACUGCUUAAAAAAAAAGUGUGAUACUUAAAGUUAUGCAAUUAUAAGUAAUUUAUAAUAGUUCAUAGUUGUACUAGAUAGAAAGUUUUCGUUUUAGUAAUCUAUCACUUUAGUUAUGCUCUCAACUAAAUUAUCAACUUGAUGAUUACCUCAACAAUGAUAAUUAAAACAAAGUAGUACCAAAAUUAUAAUUGGAAGGAAUACGUAUUUUUUAAAUUAUCUAAAAAAAAAUUAAAAUUAAAAAUUU